UUAUUAAAACGAUUCUCUCUUAUAGUAAUUUGUUUUUCUGUUAUCUGUAAACUGAAGAAGUACGGUUAGUCCUUCGCAAAGAAGUUGAUUCUGCUAUAACUCCAUUGAAAACUGCCGUGUGCUUGUUAAAUACCAUGGAUAAAAUUAAGGGUAAAAUAAGUUGCAUGAUAUCAGAACUAGAUAAUAAAGAGGAAGCUAUUGAAAAAUUGACAGAAGAUUUAAGACUGGCAGAUAUAAAACGAAGAUGUGUGGAAGAAGAAAACAUCAAUUUAGAACAUCAAUUGAAUGCGAAAGAGAAUUUUAUUGGGAAAUUGGAGCCUUUGUUGGACGAAACUGUGAAAAAACUGGCUUCAUUCGAAGAAAGAGAAUCUGCCAAUGAAAGAAUUAUUCAAAAACUGGAAUCAGAUUAUGAAACUUCUGUUAUCAAGUGUGAAAAGUUGGAAGAUCAACUCAAAGAAAUUAGAUUUAUUUCAGAAGAAACUGGGAGAAAAUAUGAAGAGGCAACUCGGAGAUUAACUUUCAUGGACACAGAGUUGGAGAAAUCUGAACAACGAAUUGAAAAAGCUGAAAAAAAAUACAAAGAAGUAUCUUCUAACUUACAUCUUUCUUUGCAAUGUAUCAAAAAAUACGAGAGUAUGAAUGAAAAGCUGAAAGAAAAAGAAAUUCAGACUGAGGAUGAACUGUGUACUCUUCAGAAAAGGUUGUAUGAGAGUGAAAACCUGAGGGCAAUUGCAGAAAAUUCGUUGAACAAUCUUGCUCAACAGGUUGGAGUUUUGGAAGAUGAACUGUAUGAAGUAAAAAUGAAAGUUUGAUCAAGGAUUCCUUUCUUAAGUUACAGUACCUGACAGCAUGAACUUGUUAUGUCACUUUAGUUCACCUAAUUAUUCAUUGCAUGUUCAUAUAUAUUUGUAGUGAACAGUGUCACCAAACUCUAUUUCUCUCUCUCUAACUUAAUCACAGUAUUCGGCCAAACUUGUCCAUAAUCUUAGUUCUUGUUGCUUAACAAGCUGUGGCGCCUCACUCUUAUGGAAAACGAUCGAAACUUGCUUAAUACUGUCCAGCUGUUGAAUCCAAUAACAAUUAAUAAGCUGCACCUUUGGGGAAUUCAUUACACGUGACAUUAUAAUUUCUAAAUCUAAUAAACAAUUACCAUGGUCUAAGCAACUGAGUAGCAAGGUAUUCAAUAAUAAAUGUUUAAAGAUUUUUGUUGUGCUUGUUUACAUUAAAACCCUAAGUUUCCCUUCAAACAUUCAUCCCAUGUUAAAUGAAAAUACAUCAUAUUCACACAG